GCGCGCCGGAAGUGACCGGCGCAGUCGCCGGGGACCCCGGAAGUGACCGUUGUGGGUGGUUGCUGUUGACUGACUCCUGGCCUGCGAUGGGUUGCGACGGGGGAACAAUCCCCAAGAGGCACGAACUGGUGAAGGGGCCGAAGAAGGUUGAGAAGGUUGACAAAGAUGCUGAAUUAGUGGCCCAAUGGAACUAUUGUACUCUAAGUCAAGAAAUAUUAAGGCGACCAAUAGUUGCUUGUGAACUUGGCAGACUUUACAACAAAGACGCCGUCAUUGAGUUUCUGCUGGACAAAUCUUCUGAAAAGGCUCUUGGGAAGGCAGCCUCUCACAUUAAAAGCAUCAAGAAUGUGACAGAACUAAGGCUUUCUGAUAAUCCCGCCUGGGAAGGAGAUAAAGGAAACACCAAAGGUGACAAACACGAUGACCUCCAGCGGGCACGAUUCAUCUGCCCUGUUGUGGGCUUGGAGAUGAAUGGCCGACACAGGUUUUGCUUCCUGCGGUGCUGUGGUUGCGUGUUUUCUGAACGAGCCUUGAGAGAGAUAAAAGCGGAAGUUUGUCACACAUGUGGGGCUGCCUUCCAGGAGGACGACGUCAUCGUGCUCAACGGCACCAAGGAGGAUGUGGCCAUGCUGAAGAGCAGGAUGGAGGAAAGAAGGCUGAAAGCGAAGCUGGGCAAGAAAGCAAAGAAACCCAAGGCGGCAGAGUCUGUCUCAAAGCCAGAUGUCAGUGAAGAAUCUCCAGGGACAUCAAAAAUUAAGACAGGGAAGCCUGAAGAAGCCGGCCUUGAUUCCAGAGAGAAGAAGACCAACUCUGCUCCCAAAAGUGCAGCAACAAACGGAAGCUCUUCUGGAAAAGUCGGGAAGCCUCCGUGUGGAGCCAUGAAAAGGUCCAUCGCCGACAGCGAAGAAUCUGAAGCUUAUAAGUCUCUGUUCACAACUCACAGCUCCGCCAAGCGCUCCAAGGAGGAGUCGGCGCACUGGGUCACCCACACGUCCUACUGCUUCUGAAGCCCACGCAGGCGCGGCUCAGGCUCCACGUGGAUGGGUGGCGUGGGCGCUGGCUGUGCUGGGUGUUGUGUGCCGGGCCUCUGUUUGACGGCAUUAGAAAGUUGUCCGCCGAGCUGGCGUGGUCACGCUGGCUGUGGGGGAUGGGGGGUGACUCGCAGAGGGACCGUGCUGGGCACCCGCCCCGUCACCUCUCCCGCAGGCUCGUGCUCACUUUGCCUGCAUUUGCUCCUCUUCUCACAGCCCGGAAAGCUCUGUUGGCUGCACUUUUUGUGUUUGAAAUAAUUAAAGACUCCAGAUUCCUCAUG